CUCUGGUUUGCUCACCAUCGCUCGGUGGCCGAAACCUGAUGGAGCAACGUGCCUAAUGCUGACAUCACCAGCGAAGGAGGAACUCUCCAAUGCCUUCACGCUAACGUGUGGACCUAAAGGGAUGGAAGACAAGCCAGAGCCCUACUGUUGUCACCCCGAGCUGGAGGAGCUAUUGCGAGUAAUUAAACGCUAUUUAAACUUUACGCACCUCAUCAAUGUUACAGCCCUGGUUCCACUUGUCCCUGAUGAUGUAUUCCCUGCUCAAGGAACGUACUCCUGGUAUCUCACACAUGGCGUGACGGACAUACGGUUCGCCUAUGUUGCGAUAAAGGAGCGUCGUGCAUUUAGUGUGGACUUCUUAUUUCCCCUGGAUAUCUACAGACUAGUCUACCUCUAUCCAUCGCCCAGCAUCCUGAAGAGCGAUUUUACUGUCCUGAAGAUAUUUUCAGUCACGCGUGAUUAA